AUGUGGCUACAAAUCAAACCCAAACAAUGUGAAUCCCGGAGAUGGGGGAUUCAAUCUGGGCAAGACCGGAAGACUCGAGACACUGAAGAAAUUGACAGGAAGUCUGACAGUCUCUUCACUGUUUCUAUCAGUUUGAGGCCGUCGGCCAGGUCCGGUAACCUCCGUCAUGGCAUUAAAGUUUUUCGUUGGAAGGAAAUGGUCGUGUCCCUUUCCAUGUGCGGGCGGGUUGAGGGAUGCCGUACAACAGCUCCAGGCCCCAGAAAGACUGGGGCUCUGAAUAAGAAACAUUCGAUGAAUCUAUUUUGGGGGAAUACCAUAACUUCUCAGCCACGCUGUUGCUACUGGGGAAGGUUUUUACUAAAUGUUGACUGA